AUUACUGCGAAGAAAAAAAUGGGGAAGAGAAUGGCCAAAGGAAAAUCUGAAGAACACGACGAUGAUGAAGGAAAAGGAUUCUACGCUUGUUAUCUCUUAACUUCCCUAUCUCCUCGCUUCAAAGGCCACACUUAUAUCGGAUUUACAGUGAAUCCGCGGCGGAGAAUUAGGCAACAUAAUGGUGAAAUUAGAAGUGGAGCUUUUAGAACCAAGAAAGGACGGCCUUGGGAAAUGGUGUUUUGCAUCUAUGGUUUCCCUACUAAUGUAUCUGCUCUUCAGUUUGAAUGGGCAUGGCAGCAUCCAAUGGAAUCAUUAGCAGUGAGGCAAGCAGCUGCAUUUUUUAAAUCAUUUUCUGGCGUUGCUAAUAAAAUCAAGCUUGCCUACACUAUGCUCAACCUUCCAGCUUGGCGAAGCUUGAACAUCACUAUUAACUUUUUCUCAACGAAAUACUCAACACAUUCUGCUGCUUGCACAAGCUUGCCAGAGCACAUGAAGGUCAAGGUUAGCCCCAUCGGCGACCUUCCUUGCUAUUCUACAGCUGAAGAUGAAGUCAGCGGUAAUGAAAGUUACGACAGCAUUACUAGUUUAAGUGAAGCCCGGAAAGAGAGCACAGUUAAACUCCAAUGUCACUCCAUUGAUGGCAUUGGCUGCAAUGAUAGCAAAGAUGAUUAUUCGGUUAGUGACGUUUCUUCAGGUAAUUCACACGACAAUAAUGUGAAUUAUGAAAGUUACGGAUUCAAUGAAGAAUACGGCAUGAGACAACAGGGAAGUACUUCAGCAGAAUAUCCACCAAUUUUAGAAGUAGAUGAUGCGCGGCUGUUCAGUCCGCUGGUGAGAACAGCAGAAAAUCCAGCGAUUUUAGAAGUAGAUGAUGCACGGCCGUUCAGCCCGCUGGUGAGAACAUCUUUCCUUUCGGCUGGCUUCGCGAGCCACGAAGAGAAAGCAAUGGCGGUAGAAAUAGAAGUUAUAGAUUUGUUGUCCCCAUCUCCAGAUUGCAGAAUUAUGUCAAGCAGAAAGAGGAGAAGAGUAUUGAAUGUUUGUCCUCAGAUCAUUGACUUGACCUAGUCCGUAGAUUACCAACCAAUAAAUAAGAUCACUGGCUUGAUAUGAUCUUUUGUAGCUUGUUAAUCAAAUAUAUAAUUAUGUCAAAGUUGACUGUAAAUUCAUUUUGCAGUCAGCUUGUUCAGACAUGGCCAUAAUUAUCAUCUGCUAUAACUGUAUUCUUCCUGUACAAGUACAAUGGGAGUGAACAUCUAAAGGUUUAAAUCAAUUUUAUGAACUGAAAGAAAUAAGAAUUACACUA